AUGCCCCUCGAAAGGGACAACAGCAGCCACCAAUCUCAUCGCUCACUUCGGAGGAUUUGCACCAGCGGCAGAUCUGGAUUAGAGCUUGAGAUUCGACCAACUCCAUACGCAACCCGCCUGCAGUCGACCCAGCAUCGUCUCUGGCAUAUUCCCACGAAGCCUCUCUUCCAGAGACAGACGAGUGUAUCCUGCAAGCAGCUCAUGGCACAACAAAUGCGAAUCGCCCAGUUUGCCGUCUCAUCGAGCCUUGAAUGUCUUUGGCUCGAGUACGCCCCAAAAACCGUUAUCAAAGCCCUGGCACAGCCUGGAUCGGAUGAAAACGCCGUCGCUGCUGGGGGAUCGCCCAGUAGAACCCCGCCAAUCUGUCCAACAACUCUUCAGUGGAGCUCAUUGAAUUGUAAGCGUCAAUAUAUGUAUGUGCCCUGUGGGGGAGACACACUGAUCAACGCAUUGCAUUCCCGGGAGAAGAUCCUGUGCUAUAUGCCUGGUAUUGGCAACGAAGACCUCAGGAACUUGCUGAAGAUGCCGACACACAGGCUGUCACUCACUGAUUGUGCAGGUUUCAUGGCAUCUCAGUUUAUAUCGGAAAGUGCCAGUACCCGCCAACAACUUUUCCGACCCAUCUCGGGCUUCAUCAGGGUCAUUGGCGGGCCUCUAGCAGAGGAUAAACAUACUUCGUGGAACAAAUUGCCGGUCUCUGCACUCCUCUAUGCCUACCCUCCCCCCCGCAAACAUGUUUGGACUCGCAAGUGUUCCUCCGCCUCCAAGAUUCCUGAAUCAAUGGGUCUCGAAGUAUUCUAUCGAGGCGAGCCGAACUUUAUUGCCCAAUCGACUACCCAGAAGAAGUGCUAG